CGACAAGAUGGCGAACCUGCCGGGCGCGAUUAAGGGGCUGUACCCCGAAACACUGAGCCCAGAGCAGCUGGAGAAGCUGCGCGGCUUCAAGAUUCAAACUCGGAUUACCAAUGAGAAGUACCUUAGGACCCACAGAGAAGUGGCGUUGCUCCUAAGUGGUUUCUUCAGAGAAAUGUUUUUGAAAAGACCAGACGACAUUCCGGAAUUUGCCGCAGACUAUUUCACGGAUCCAAGACUUCCCAACAAGAUUCACAUGCAGCUAAUUAAGGAGAAGAAAGCGGCUUAAUUAGCAAAAUCACGAUGCUCAGCUGUUGAGAGAGACCAGAAAGAAUCCAGCCUCUGGGUCAUCUGAAAGCCAGAGAGCUCUGUUGCCCUCAGUGUGGGUUUCCAGGCUGCCCUGGGCUGCGCCUGCUGUUGCAAAGGCUUUUAAAGAUACUCAUUAAAAGCAGACCUUCCUGUGCUCUCUGCUUUAUUUCAAUCAGGAGGAGGAAGACAUCCUUCAUGGGAGGCUGCUCUACCCCUCCUCUGACCCGGGAGGUAGCAGGGCCUAUUUCUGUGCCCAUGCCCAGCCAGUGGGCUGGUUCAUGUGCCUUAGCCCCGUCUACUCCCUGCCCCUCCACGCUCUCCCUCCCAGAGCCAAGACCGGGCAAAAGAACAGCGGUGAGCAUCUGGAGAGGACCAUAGCUGGCCAUGGUGGUACUCAGACAAGCAGAGUCCGUGCUUCCGAGGUGGCUUUUGUUUUUUUUUUUUCCGAGGUGGCUUUUGUUUUUUAUCUCACUUCCGGGGUUACUGUACAGAGUACAGGUGAUGAUUAACUUUUAUUUCCAUAGAAGCAAUAAUAAGAGGAAUUGGGUUGGAAGAACAGCAGGAGUGAAUGAGAUUAGACAUAGAAAACCCACUCAGGCUCAUGAAUAAGAGUGAGGGGCUCAGAGGUGGUGGACUUUGUUUUGGGGGAUUUUUAGGAACAAGCUGCCCAGCCAUUUCGUUUUCAGCGUUAGAGGCAGGAGAGUGGGCCAGCUGGCCUUGUGGAGUCCUUUCUAGGCCUAGAAGUUUUGCAUGGAUGUGUCUCUGUCUCUGGCCUCCACGACGUACUAACUCCACUGUAGGAAGGACCUCUCACUUGCGUAUCACUUGUCAGCUUCACCAUGGUUACAGAAACACCAAAUAUUAAUAAUACAGACUGAAGCAGGGGCUGUAUUUAUAUUUGCCUUGUCUCUGCUGUCUUGUCCCCAGCUACUGUCACCUGAAGUAGUAGAAAAGGCAACCAGAUGGGGGCGGUUAGAGAAUUGUUGGUCUUCCCUGGUAGCUUAGACGGUAAAGAAUCUGCCUGCAAGGCCAGAAACCUGGAUUUGAUGCCUGGUUGGGAAUAUCCCCUGGAGAAGGGAUUGGCUACCCACUCCAGUAUUCUUGUGUGGAGAAUUCCGUGGAGGAGCCUGGCCUACAGACCACGGGGUCACAAAGAGUUGGACAUGACUGAGUGACUAACACAGAACUAUUAAAACUGCAGAUAAUAAGCUAUGCGAUAGGAACCUGAGGAGUUAUUUUAAGUGCUUUCAGAAUCACAGUUCAGCAGCCAUGGAUCUGAUAAUGAGCUAUCCUUGUUUAGAAAAUCCAAACGAAGCUAUCAGCCAAACACACAUCCACUAAGGACCCCUGAUGUGAAGUGUUAGAUCAGACAUUCUCGGCGCCUUCUGUGGGAGAAGAGACCUGCAGCAAUGUGAAGAGAGAGCAGAGUGUUUCUCAGGGUGCUCGAAUGCGUGAUUUAAUACUGUGACUGUACAACGGCCCGUGAUUGGGGAGUUUCCUGGUAAAAAGAAGAAAUGCAUUCCACUGAAAAUACAUUUGAAAGCCUUUCUGAGUAAAGAAUGUACUUAACACAGGUCUUAGUGUGAGAGAGAGACCGUGUGCUACGUCCUGGGGAUAAGGUGGCGAUCGUCCCUCCCUGUAACGGUUCAGGGUCUGGGAGACUGGCUGCUUUACUCCCCAAACCUCAGCUGUCUACCUGUCUCACCUUUUAGAUCGAAAACUCCACCAGGGCAGGGACCACACCUAAAAGGCAAUCUUGUUCACUGUUGAGUUUCUGACUUCCUAUCAGUGUCUGAAUACAGCAAGUGCUCAGUGUGUGUUUGUGGAGAGAAUGCUUGUAUAAUUGAGUGACCAGUCCCAUCAUGUACCUAUGAUGGUAGCAGGGGCGUGAUGCCCGAGGUGGCAGAAGAAAGAACACCUGGUCUGCCUGUGGAGUGAGGGAGGCCUCACGGAAGCUGGCAUGUGAUGGGUAAGAAGGGGUUUGCCCGCAGACAUGA